AUGACAAUGUACGAUCCGGCGCGAGACACAUAUACCGUCUCUGAUGAUGCGCCCCCACUCGACAGCGUGGAAGAUCGCCACAAAGUUCACGGACUAGACCAAGAUAAGCAGCGGAACGACGGAGUCUUGCAGUCUCCAGGAUCUGCUCCCUCCCAUAAUGAAAAGAACAAGAGGAAGAGCCCUAUAAAUGAGUCUUCUAAGGAACCUAUACGCGGUAGCCGCUCCAAACCCGAAAGAAGCUUUUCUUCGCCUAGCAAUAAUAACAAUAACCCUCUUGAGCACACCCAUUCAACAACAGCAGCAGCAUCCGGCAAACUGAUCCCUUCCCCCCCUUCCUCAGUUUUAAUGGGGUCUUCCCCGGUGAUAGCAAACGAUGAACUGCCAAUUAACGAGCAACGACCUUCACAAAGCCCGAAGACCUCUCCUAACCAGUUAAUCAAUAAUGGGCAUUCCAAUGCCCCUGAAGGGCCCCCAAAAGGCAAAGCUUCCAUCAACGAGAAAAAACGAAAGCUUUCCGAGAACGAGCCACAAACCGACAAAACAGAACCCGCCCCGGAACAACGGCCAUUAUCCAAGCGUAAACGGCAGGAGGAGCGAUUACAAAAGAAUAGAAAACGCGGCAAGACUCCGCCAUCAGCAUAUUCGCGUCGAGACCGCUCUCCCACACCUCCCCCCCGUCGUUCUCCAUCUCCGAUACGUCGUUCGGCUUCUCCAGAUGCCGUCCCAAGACCAACAAAACGACCUGGUGGCGCUGCUCGGAUUGGCUCUGCGAAUCUCGAAGCACUGAGGCGGAGACAAGAGGAACGAGAACGACGGAGAGAAGAGGAAGCUAAGCUGGCUUUGAAAGAUCGAGGUGUUCAUGAUGUCGUUCGGCAACAUUACAACGCGGUGCCGGAAAGAGGCAGGGAAUGGCGGAAGACUGAUAGCCGAAUAAAAGGACUGCGAAGCUUCAACAAUUGGAUUAAGAGUACCGUUAUCCAGAAGUUUUCACCUGAUGAGGACUUCUUGUCACGAACAAGCGGGAAGAACUGGGCUGGCGCAGAGCCGGCGGAAGAAAAGAAAUUGCUCGUCAUUGAUAUAGGAUGCGGGAAGGGAGGAGAUUUGGGUAAGUGGCAGCAGGCACCGCAACCGGUGGACCUCUACGUGGGCUUGGAUCCUGCAGAGGUUUCCAUUGAACAGGCUCGCGAGAGAUACAUUAGUAUGAAAAGUGGGAAGGGCAGGAUAGGUCGCAGAGGCCACCCUCUCUUCCAUGCAGAAUUCUAUCCCAAGGAUUGUUUCGGGGAGUGGGUAGGCGAUAUCCCUAUCGUACAGCGGGUUGGGAUUGACGGCAGCGUUGGACCCGGUGGAUCCAUGAUGGCGGCCCGCUGGGGAGGCGGCGGAUUUGACAUUGUUGUGUCGAUGUUUAGCAUGCACUAUGCCUUUGAGAGCGAAGGGAAGGCUAGACAGAUGCUGCACAAUGUGGCCGGGCUGCUAAAGAAAGGCGGCCGCUUCAUCGGUGUCGGGCCGAAUUCUGACAUUCUUAGUGCGAAGGUAGUGGAGUUCCACGAGAAGAAGAAACAGCAGGAGGCUGCUGCCGCCGCUGCGGCUAAACUUGAUGAAGGCGGGGAGCGUGAGGACGGCGAACUGGAAGAAACGCCGAUGACGGUGCCUGAGUGGGGAAAUAGCAUUUACCGCGUUCGUUUUCCGGGAGAGACGCCUGAAGAUGGCAUUUUCCGUCCUGCGUUUGGUUGGAAAUAUAGCUACUUUAUGGAAGAGGCUGUGGAAGAAGUUCCGGAAUAUGUCGUGCCCUGGGAAGCUUUUAGAGCUUUGACGCAGGAUUACAAUCUGGAACUCCAGUAUCGCAAGCCAUUCCUGGAUAUUUGGAAGGAGGAAAAGGACGAUCCCAUUUUAGGGCCACUCAGUGAGCGAAUGGGAGUUCGGGCGCGAGGCGGCGGGCCCCUUCUCGUCACCGAUGAGGAGUUGGAGGCUGCAAGUUUUUACCAUGCCUUUUGCUUCUACAAGGGGCGCCGCAGCGACCAACCCAGCCAGCGUAUCCUUCAAAUGCCCCCCUAUCAAACCCAGGUUGCCCCAUUUAAUGCCGCUGCAACGCACAAACUGGGCAUGUUGCCCAACUUCGAACGACUGAUGUCGCUGCGCAAGCGCCUGUCUGAGGCAGCCAGUGUAUUGACGGAUUGUGCGGGGAUGAUUAAUGACCGACUUGUGGAUGCUAAAGUGAGGGAGGCGAGGGCGAAGGCGGUGUUGCAGAAGAAGAGGAAGGGUGGUGGGGAUGAAGAGGUUGGAGUAUAUGAGAGCCGGGAGUCUGAUGGGGGAGGUGAAGCGGAUGGGCAACAGGAGGAAAGAGAAAAUAAGAAGAUUGCGUUGAUGGAGGAGCAGGUGAAGACGUUGACCGGGCAGUUGGAAGAGCAGAUGCGCAAGAUUGUUGAUGCGGAGGUGAGGACGGCGGAACUGACGGAUGGGUUGAAUCGGUUGCAUCAGGAGGCGCAGGAGGCUAUGGCGGCGGCGCCAGAGGCACGACAGGCGAAGCGGAGAAGGACGAGGCAGAGAGCUGGGCAGGAGAGUGGGGAUGAGAGUGGGGAUGUGGAUGUGGAUGUGGAUGGGGAUGGGGAUGAGGGUGAGGGUGAGAAUGAGCCUGCUGCUGAUGGAAGAGCUGGGAGGCCGGACGGUGGUGCUUGCAAGGUACUGCGGAAGGAUCUGAAGGAGAAGAAAGAUCAAUGGAAGGAUUUGUCGUUGACGGAUCGGUACACCAAAAACAACAACUACAUCGAAUUCUUCCGCGUGGUGCACGAAACACAGCAUCCCGGCGACGAAAUACCUCCACUCCCCCACCCGUCGACCUGGUUCGCAGACAAAGAACAUCCACAACAACGGAACCACCACCAGCAAACUACAGCUGCAGAGGAAGACGCAGAGUCCUCUGAUGACCUAGCCGUUCGUGGCGAACGCGUCUCCCUCCGCUGCCCUAUUACGCUGCUCCCCUUCUCAGAACCAGUGAAGAGCAAGAAAUGCCCGCAUAGUUUCGAGCGACGCGCGAUCGUCGCGAUGCUAGAGCGGAGCAAGGAGCGGGUUACUGUUCCUAACCCGAAUCGACCUGGCGCGGGGCGUCGUGUUAAUUGCGUAAACUGUCCUGUGUGUACGGUGCAGAUUACGCAGUUUGAUCUGGAGGUUGAUAUUGUGGCGGCUAGAAGGAUUAGGAGGGCAGAGGAGAGGAGAAGAAGGGAUGCGGAGGAUGAGGACGACGACGACGGCGUUGUCAUGAAUCAGGCGGGGGAGCGGGGGAAUACGAGGGUUAAGCUAUUGAGGGCGGAGACGAGGGAGCCUAGCAGGCUGCCUGAUACGCAGAUGGAUGAUGUAGAUGAUUGA